GAUCAUCACCAACACAUUGCAAACCAAACACAAAGACAUGUCUCUUCUUGCUUUCUUCCUCUUCACCCUCCUCGUCUUUUCAAGUUCAUGUUGUUCCGCGGCUCGGUUCCAAGGCCAUAAGUACAUACAGAGGAAAACAAUGCUAGAUUUGGCUAGCAAGAUUGGUAUCAACUAUGGAAGACGAGGAAACAACCUCCCAUCUCCUUACCAAUCCAUCAACUUCAUCAAAUCCAUCAAAGCUGGUCAUGUCAAGCUCUAUGACGCCGAUCCAGAGAGUCUCACACUCCUCUCUCAAACCAAUCUCUACGUCACCAUAACUGUCCCUAACCACCAAAUAACCUCACUUAGCUCCAACCAAACCAUAGCUGACGAAUGGGUCAGAACCAAUAUCCUCCCUUACUAUCCACAAACACAAAUCCGCUUUGUCCUUGUCGGAAACGAAAUCCUCAGCUAUAAUUACGGGAAUGUCUCGGCGAACCUUGUACCGGCGAUGCGCAAAAUCGUGAAUUCUCUCAGACUUCAUGGGAUUCACAAUAUCAAAGUUGGGACACCUCUUGCCAUGGAUUCUCUCCGGUCUUCGUUUCCUCCGUCGAAUGGAACAUUCCGGGAAGAAAUCACCGGACCGGUGAUGUUACCGUUGCUGAAGUUUCUCAACGGAACAAACUCUUACUUCUUCCUCAAUGUUCAUCCUUACUUCCGUUGGUCAAGAAAUCCCAUGAACACCAGUUUGGAUUUUGCUCUGUUCCAAGGUAACUCAACCUAUACCGAUCCUCAAACCGGUUUGGUUUAUCGUAAUAUUCUAGACCAAAUGUUGGAUUCGGUUCUCUUCGCCAUGACCAAACUCGGUUACCCACAUAUGCGCCUCGCGAUCUCCGAAACCGGAUGGCCUAAUUUCGGUGACAUUGACGAAACCGGAGCCAACAUUCUCAACGCGGCUACCUAUAACCGGAAUCUGAUCAAGAAGAUGACCGCAAGUCCACCAAUCGGUACACCAUCUAGACCCGGUUUACCCAUACCGACAUUUAUUUUCUCCUUAUUCAACGAAAACCAAAAAUCCGGUUCGGGAACACAGAGACAUUGGGGAAUCUUGCAUCCCGACGGUUCACCAAUCUACGACAUAGAUUUCACCGGUCAAAAACCCUUAACCGGUUUCAACCCGUUACCUAAACCGACGAACAACGUUCCAUACAAAGGUCAAGUGUGGUGCGUACCAGUCGAAGGAGCCAACGAGACUGAGCUUGAAGAAACUUUGAGGAUGGCUUGUGCCCAAAGCAACACCACUUGUGCUGCUUUAGCUCCUGGGAGAGAAUGUUACGAGCCGGUCUCUAUUUAUUGGCAUGCAAGCUACGCGCUUAGCUCGUACUGGGCUCAGUUUCGUAACCAAAGCAUUCAAUGUUACUUCAAUGGAUUGGCUCAUGAGACAACGACCAACCCUGGAAAUGAUCGUUGCAAGUUUCCGAGCGUUACUCUCCGGUCCCUAUCUUCAUCUUAUCUGCAAAUGCAACUUCGUCUUAAACCUGAUUAUUCCUUCUUCAUCGUCUCUUCCUCAACGAUGGCUUCGACUUCUUCUUUGGGACCUUCUACACUACUUUCUUACGCUUCUUCUUCUCGUCAAUUUCCUGAUUUUGGGUUCAGAUUGAUUUUGGGUCACGAAAGUGAAAAAGAAGUGAGAUCGUCUUCGCAGUUUCUUGAAAGCUCGUCAUUAUCAGGAGAUGCUGCUUUGCGCUCUAAUGAAUGGAAGGCUGUUCCUGAUAUUUGGAGAUCAUCUGCAGAGAAGUAUGGUGAUAGAGUUGCAUUGGUUGAUCCUUAUCAUGAUCCUCCUUUGAAACUGACGUACAAGCAGUUGGAACAAGAAAUUUUGGACUUUGCUGAAGGCUUACGAGUUCUUGGAGUGAAAGCAGAUGAGAAGAUUGCACUUUUUGCUGAUAACUCCUGUCGAUGGCUUGUUUCAGAUCAAGGUAUAAUGGCCACAGGAGCAGUCAAUGUUGUCAGAGGAUCUAGGUCCUCUGUUGAAGAGUUACUGCAGAUAUACCGUCAUUCUGAAAGUGUAGCCCUUGUUGUGGAUAAUUCUGAGUUUUUCAACCGCAUUGCUGAGUCGUUUACUUCAAAGGCAUCUCUGAGAUUUUUGAUACUUCUUUGGGGUGAGAAAUCAUCAUUGGUCACACAGGGGAUGCAGAUUCCAGUUUACACUUAUGCAGAAAUAAAAAACCAAGGACAGGAGAGUCGUGCAAAAUUAUCAGGAUCUAAUGAUACCAGGAGCUAUAGAAAUCAAUUCAUCAAUUCAGAUGAUACAGCCGCAAUUAUGUAUACCAGUGGUACCACGGGAAAUCCGAAAGGCGUUAUGCUUACACAUCGGAAUCUUUUACACCAGAUAAAACAUUUAUCCAAAUAUGUGCCUGCUCAAGCUGGGGAUAAAUUUCUAAGCAUGCUGCCGUCAUGGCAUGCCUAUGAGCGUGCUAGUGAAUACUUCAUAUUCACUUGUGGAGUUGAGCAAAUGUAUACUUCUAUAAGAUACUUAAAGGAUGAUCUAAAGCGGUAUCAACCAAACUAUAUUGUAUCCGUUCCUCUAGUAUAUGAGACACUUUACAGUGGGAUUCAAAAGCAAAUUUCUGCAAGUUCUGCUGGCCGUAAAUUUCUAGCACUUACAUUGAUCAGAGUCAGUAUGGCAUAUAUGGAGAUGAAAAGGAUAUAUGAGGGUAUGUGUCUGACAAAAGAGCAAAAGCCUCCAAUGUAUAUUGUUGCUUUUGUGGAUUGGUUGUGGGCGAGAGUAGUUGCUGCCUUAUUGUGGCCAUUACAUAUGUUGGCCAAAAGGCUUAUCUACAAGAAAAUUCAUUCAUCUAUUGGAAUAUCGAAGGCUGGUAUUAGCGGAGGUGGUAGUUUACCCAUUCAUGUUGACAAGUUUUUUGAGGCCAUCGGUGUGAUUCUACAAAAUGGUUAUGGUUUGACAGAGACCUCGCCGGUUGUCUGUGCACGGACACUUAGCUGUAAUGUUCUUGGCUCAGCUGGGAAUCCAAUGCAUGGUACAGAAUUCAAAAUUGUAGAUCCUGAGACUAAUAGUGUACUCCCUCCUGGUUCAAAGGGCAUUAUCAAAGUCAGAGGUCCACAGGUUAUGAAGGGUUAUUAUAAGAAUCCAUCGACCACAAAGCAAGUUCUAAAUGAGAGUGGAUGGUUCAAUACAGGAGAUACGGGUUGGAUCGCUCCUCAUCACUCAAGAGGGCGGAGUCGUCGCUGUGGAGGUGUCAUCGUUCUUGAAGGCCGUGCUAAAGACACAAUUGUACUCUCCACAGGUGAAAACGUGGAACCGUUGGAGAUUGAAGAAGCCGCCAUGAGAAGCAGGUUGAUAGAGCAAAUCGUUGUUAUUGGACAGGAUCGACGUCGCCUUGGAGCUAUCAUUAUUCCAAACAAAGAGGAAGCACAAAGAGUAGAUCCUGAAACAUCUAAAGAAACACUAAAGAGCUUGGUCUACCAAGAACUGAGGAAAUGGACAUCAGAAUGUUCGUUUCAAGUCGGACCGGUCUUGAUCGUCGAUGAGCCUUUCACGAUAGACAACGGGUUAAUGACACCAACUAUGAAGAUUAGACGGGACAAGGUCGUGGCUAAAUACAAAGACGAGAUUGAUCAACUCUAUAAUUAAGACAUUUGUAUUAGUCUUGUUCUUGUUGUUAAUAUCAAUUAAACAAUAAAAUCAUAGCCCUAAA